GCUUUGACAAAAACCUAGCAUACUAUAUGUGUUUAGCAUAUCAAUACAGAGACAGACUACAGAGAGAGUGCAGCAGAAACAGUAUGAGCAUUCUAGCAAACCCUGUUCCUAUGUACCCGCCGUAUUUAAGGACCAUCUUAGUGGGCAACACGAGCUGACAUGAACAUAUUUACUAAAGUCCCAGGACUAGCCCAACAAACCAGCAAGCUGGGGUCUGUGGUCCAACGUGCCUUUUACGGGUCCAGUGGGAAGGUGACCCUUUUCGAGCAGAGGAACUUUUCGGGUCGGCGACUGGACCUGACCUCUGACUGUCAGAAGCUCAGUGACAAGAACUUUCCUGACAGAUGCAACUCUGUCCAGGUGGAGAGUGGAGCAUGGGUGGGUUAUGAACACGAGAACUUCAGGGGUCGUCAGUACCUUUGGGACAUGUCUGACAGAGGAGAGUACAACUGCUCUGAAAAGUGGUGUGCACAGGGUGACCACAUUUCCUCUGUCCGUGCCAUCAAACCGGACAACAACACUCCCCGUGUACAGCUGUUUGAGAGGGCCGGUUUCUCUGGCAAAAAGACAGAGUUUUAUGAUGAUAUUCCCAACCUGAUGAGUCGCUUCAGUCUAAACAGAGUCUCAUCCAUCAGAAUAAUGGGUGGAAGCUGGGUGGUGUACCAGGAGCCAAACUACAGAGGAGCACACUAUGUGUUGGAGAAGAAGGACUACAACAACUUCUCUGACUGGGGUGCUCAAAACAGCACAAUCGCCUCUAUCCGCAGAGUCCGCUUCAACUAAAUGAGAAAAAUAAUCUCUUAAAAAAUACACAUAUCUGUCAGCUCUUUAUACAAACAAUGUGCCAGCGAAAAGUAAAACAAACCCUACAGAAGAACUAUUUUAGUAAUAAACUGGUCAAAAAGACAAAUAUAUUUGUUUGUGCUUAAAUUGUUCAACAGAAAAUCAAACAGUUCACUAGAAGUGACAAAAAUAAAAGGUUUGUGUUAAAGGUU